CACUUCACCCCCGCUGCAGAGGCAGAGUUGGUACAGUCGGCCGGUAGAGCUCUGGCUGUGCUGUCAUUGAUUCAGUAGUAACAGAGCAGACUGCUAUCAAGAGUGGCUGCAGCUAGGGAGAGAGAGAGCGAGCGAGAGAGAGAGAGACAGCAGGGAGACCGGAAGACACAAGUAAGCCAGAGAGAGAGAGAAAGAGAGAGAGAGAAAAAAGUGAGAGAAAUAAAACGAGGGAUAAAAGAGCUUUAGCAGUCACCUCCUGGCUAUUUGCCUGCUGACGCAAGCAGCCUCCUUUGUUUUUGCCAUCCCUGAUAUGACCCUGUUCAAGAGUGAACAUCGCAGCCCACGAUACAUGAGCAUGACCGGAGAGCUGAAAUCGAGCCGCUCCAAGACAGGAGGAGCGAAGAGGCCCAACAGCGCCAUGUACGGAUCAGAGUAUGACCUGGACUAUGACUGCUACCAGGAGGACUUCUAUGACAGGGUGUAUGACUACCAGCGUGUGCCCUCCUCUAUGCCCCCUAUGCCCCAUGGCUCCAGCCUGCCAAAGCGCUCCCGCUCCUCCUCCAGCUCAUCCAGCCUGAGACGCAGCCGGGACAGGCCCUCCUCCAAGAGCUCCAGACCCCACUCCUCCAGCAGGGCUAAAUUGAAGAUGGAGGAGCUGCAGACCAUCAAGCGAGAGCUGACCCUGAUAAAAGUGCAGAUCGACGGGCUGCUGGAUAACCUGGACAGGAUGGACAAGCAGAGGCAGGAUAACACAGGAUCCCCACCGUCCAGGGAGGGCAGUCUCGAAGGCUCCCCCUACCACGUGUCAGCCAGUAGCCCAGAGGCGUCUCCACGGACCCCCAGCCCACGGCGCCGUGUGCGGAGAGACAGCCCUGAGCUGGGGGAGGCCAGCGACGACGAGCCCAACACGAUGCAUCACCACAGCUCAGACCUGGAAGAUGAAAUGUGAGGAGGGAGUCACAGCUCUGAGAUGAAGCUGGACAUCAGUGAUGUGAAACAAAGAGAAGGAGCGCCAAACAUGGAGGAAGAGCACACAAUACCCCUGUCUUUUUUUUCAUGUAGUUACCAUGCCAACACCAGCCGCAGAACACUGUCCCCCAUCAGCCCUCCACCCCUCUGCAGUGUGUGUGUGUGUGUUUCAGGGUGUGUCUGCAGCUAAAUACUAAAUCUGAAAUGUUUCAGUGCUGUUGGGUCCCCAAAAGGCUCAUCAUCUGACCAGCAGACACCACCCUCCAUUCAUUUCAGUCCACACCCUAGGCUUACUUCACUGUUGUUUUUUAAGCAAAUGAGCUCCAUCUGUGACAGAUACAUUGGCACGGUAAUUACAGCCUGACAAAAUCUGAAAAAAGAGCUUCAUAUUUCCCAUACUUGAUUUCCUGUGAAUUGCUCACCAAGUGUACAGUACAACUGCACAAACAAACAUGUAUACACACACAAACACACACACACACACACACACACACACACACACACACACACACACACACACACACACACACACACAUUGAUGCUUACACACACUUGCUGAAUCAGAUAAAUGCAUAGAGCUGAUUUCCUCUGCAUUUAUGAUCCAAGAGGAUAAAGAGGAGAUAACUAUAACCAGGUACUCAGUCCUUAGGUCAAACAAUAAAAAAGAAUAAUUUAAUGGCUGGAUUUAAUGGCUCUCUGGUGGUGACAUUUUUUGCCUUGAAAAAGGUUCUCUAAUGGCAUAAUACCUGAUUUAAGUGGAGGUGCUACCUGCAUCACUGCCACACUGUGCCACUGUUGUGUCAGUGUCUUGGUCUAACUUGGUCAAAAAGGACCAUGUCAUUCAGAACCACAGUACUUCAAUGCUUUCAAUGGUUUUGCUUCCUAGUUACCAACAGGUUUAUAAUACAAACUGAGGAAAUAAGUGAUCUCCCAUCCUUUUGAAGAAAAUCUAAUCUCUGUGAAUAAACAGAGUAACAUUUACAUUCUGGGAUAGGCUUCUUCAAUUUAUCUGAAACUUUGCAGGCAGAAGAAAAAACACUGGAAACAAAAAGCAUUCAAGCGUCACUUAAUUAAGAGGUUUAUCCACGUAGCAGAGCCUUGUCUUGAUCUGUCCCCCUGGAUAAAAUAUAUCUAUAAAGUAUCUAACUUGUGAAUUCAGUGCAGCAUAUCCACAGUAGAUCCUCCAGGGUCUCAGUUAAUAUUUUUGACAGAGUAUUCUCCAUUUCAGAAUUCCUCUGGAUUUCAAAAGGUGUGUUUGUUUACUGCCUGUCCAAAUACAUUGAGAGCAGCACUAAAUGUGGUCAGAUACAUACAAUGUUAGAGGACAACCUUUCUGUUUGACCCUUGAAAUGUUCUUCUAGAGGCUUUAGUGAUUUGUUAGCUCAGUUUAAUAGCUCUGUUGCUAGGUGGUCACUGAAAUGUUUGUUCUGAUGUUGUGUGAGUUUAGAAAUGAGAAAGGCACCUCUGUCAGUCACACAACCAUAAAGCUAAAAGCCAGAAACACUUGACCCUGGAGCAAAAUGCAAUUUGCAAGAUGCUAGGUGCACCUGCAAUUCUUGCAACAGCUGAAGUGCCAUACAGGGGGGAGACAACACUACCGUAUCUCACUUUGAAGGCCAGUGCCAUCACAAGCCACACUUAUCUAAACGUCUCCAUCAUCCUGUUGGUCUGCCGUCAUAUCAAUUCUAGUACAUAUUUCUCCCAUAUCUGCCCAAGAUAACUAUUUAUAUUUAAGGAAUUCCCUUAACAGACCCAAAUGGUACGGAUCAAAAAGUGUUCUGUUUUAGUGUCAUGAGCAUGGGUUUGUCAAGCCAUUAAGCUUUGCUGCAAGGAAAUGAUUUCUAUUUUGAGUGUGGUUUUAUCCUCCAGGGCAUGUUUGUUUAUCUAUUUUGGUUUCUAUUGUUGGGAACUGCUGUCAUUCUGCAGCCAGGCAUACUACAUAUCUGGCUGUCUGAUGGAUAUGCUGUGACCCCUAUCUCUUCUUCUGUGGUAGGCGCAUUUGAGGGAGGGCUAUGGUCUGGGUCAGUGUGUAAUAUUGUGUAAUAUUGUAAAACUUUCUUUUUUGUGGUCUACAUCUAAUUUUAUUCUUUUUUUAUUUGAUGUCUCAUUUUUGAUGAUCAGGAGGGGAAAAUGAAGGUAAAAAAAAAAAAAAGCAUCAAAGACUUUUGUUACAAUCAAGUACUGUUUAGUAGUUUUUUGUUGUUUUUAUGUUUGCCCUCAUAACAAGCAAAACUCAUACAUUGUCACAGUAGUAAAAGUAUUUUCAUAUUGAUUAUCCAAA